AUGACUGGUUGGUAUGUGGUGAAAUUCACCAAGGAAAAAAACCUCAUUGAAGUUAUUCCCAGUAACUGGAUACACAAUUUUAAAGAAUGCUUAUGGCCCGAAAAACUGGGAACUCUAAAAUUGCAAGCGGCAAUUAAAAAUAGGUCAAGACCAAGCGAUGAUUGGAAGUUACACCCAAUUAAAGUGAUAUCCAAACAAAUGUAUUCCAAUUAUAGUGAUGCUUCAAAAUGUGCUGACAAAACACUUGCUUUAACUUCAUCAGCCUCAGAAACUGAACUAACUCAAAAUCAAUCAAUUAACAAACGAAAAAGAACUUGUAUAAAGCUGAUAACUAUAAUGGAUUAA